CUCUGAACAAUUUCAAAAGCAUAUAUCCGUGUCUCUAAUGAAGCCUCAACAGCAUGACUAUCAUUCUCCAUUGCUUCAACAUCAUUUCCAAAAGCUUAGUAGCAAUAACAAAAAAGAGCCCUUUGCAAACUCUUCUCCACCCACCACCAUCACUACCAGCGCUACUACUACUACUACUACUUCUUCUACUACUUUAUCUUGGGAUACAAUGGAUUUGGAAAUUUUACAUGCUCAAAUUUUUGGUGCUGUUCAGGCACAUACGGAAGGUAGUUUACACCUCGCCUGGGAUAGAUUAGCAGACACCCUAGGACAACCUGCAUUAGAAUCUUACAUUCGUGGAAUAAUAUCAAGACACUGUUUGAACAGCACCAUUACAUCUCCUGCGUUAGCAAAAAGCAUCAAUACAAAUGCGAACCGUGGUAACGGCAGCGUGAAUGAAAAUAUGGUUCUGUCCAGCUGUUUGAAAUCUAAAGCUGCUCAGAUUUCAGCCGAAUUGGAUGGCUAUGUUCGAGAUAAUUUGAUCCAGAUAUUUACAAUCUUAGAUGAGGAUAUCCUACCACAGCUACUAGCAAACACAUCUAAAGAUCUUACUGAUGUACUGGACUACUUUAAUCGACUUUUUUUCAAUAACAAUGAACAUCAAUACACUCUUCGCUUAGAGGUGACUCCAUGGACUCAUCAUUCACAAACUAAAGAAGAGGAGAACCAUAUAUUAAAAUUGAAACUGAUCCCAUUAUUUGACCAUUCACUUUCGAAUGAUGACCAUUUGUCGGAAUUCUUUUCUAACUAUGCUUGUCUAUCAAGUGCUUAACAAGCUAAAAGGCUCGUAUUCAGGAGCAAAGAAAAGCAAAAGAAGGGCUGAAUCGACAAUAACAAUAACAAUAACAACAGCAGCAGCAGCAGCAACAACAACAACAACAACAACAAGGUUAUUCAAAACGACUUUUUUGUUCUCCUUAUUCAGGUCGUUCUUUCUAUAUGAAAGCAUACACCG